CCCCCGCGCCAGGAUAAGGCUUCCUUGUCUCCGCCUCAGGCCUCCUGCCUUCCUGAGCCACAGGUGCGAAGGUUCUGGAGCUGCACGAUGAAUGCAAGUGUGUACUGCACCCAGCUUGGGAAAAGCAGUGCUUGCUGGGGAGGGGAGCCCUAAGCCACCAAAAAGAGUGACUCAACAGGAAAAGACCCCGCUGCCUCGGCCCAACCUGCUGGAGGCAGGUGGUGAUGGCUGUGAGGAGCCCAAACAACAGAUGUCUUGGGAGCAGGAGUUCCUGGUGGGGAACAGCCCAGGAGGCAGUGGGCGGGCACUGUGCAUGGUGUGUGGGGCCGAGAUCCGGUCCCCCUCAGCAGACACUGCUCGCACACACAUCCUGGAGCAGCAUCCCCACACUCUGGACCUGAGCCCCUCAGAGAAGAGCAACAUCUUGGAGGCCUGGAGUGAGGGGGUGGCUCUUUUGCAAGAUAUCCAUGCUGAACCACCAUCUCCACCAACCUUAGAGUCAGGCCGUGAUGUUGAGCCAGACCCCGGCUCCAACCCAGACCCUGCUGGGACACCAGCAGAGAUCGUGGUCCUCCUGGACUCCGAGGACAACCCAACCCUUCCUAAAAGGAUCCGGCCCAGGGGACUCCGCCCCCUCGAGCUUCCAGCUCCCCCUGCCACAGAGCCAGGAAAUAAGAAGCCCCGUGGCCAGAGAUGGAAAGAGCCCCUUGGGGAAGAGCCUGUGAGAAAGAAGAGAGGCAGGCCUAUGACCAAAAACCUGGACCGUGGUCCUCAUCCUGACCCUGACCCAGAACCCCUGUCCCCUGACUCACCCACAGAGACAUUUGCAGCACCAGCUGAGGUCCGACACUUCACCGAUGGCAGCUUCCCCCCUGGCUUCGUCCUCCAGCUCUUCUCUCAUACCCAGCUCAGGGCUGCAGACAGCAAGGACUUGCCUCAAGAGGGCAAAGCAGCAGCACCCCCAGCAGGCCGGGCCCAGACAGAAAGCUCCUCUCCAGCUACCCCUUCGGGGCUUCGCGGGACACUGGAUCUCCAGGUUAUCCGUGUGCGGAUGGAGGAGCCCCCAGCAGUCAGCCUCUUGCAAGACUGGUCCAAGCACCCGCAGGGCAUAAAGGGGGUGGGUGCAGGUGACACCCCAAAGUGGCCUGCAGUUCUGUCAGAAUCCAGCACCACCGUAGGGGGACAGCCAGAGGCAAGCAGUGGGGUAUAAGUUCUUGCUUUCCUGGGGAGGGGAGGGAGGGCAAGAGGGAGGAGGCAGCAUCCCCCUUUGGCUUGUAACUCAGAGCUGCUCACUUGGCUACCUGACAGUUUCAAGGCAGGUUGGAGGGGUGGGGCACUGGAGAAUGUCUGCCCCUGACCAGACCUGAGGUAGGCGGGUGGCUGAGGCUGGCGUGGUAGGGCAUUGGGCCUGUGGAGAACACCUACCCCAAUCCUGACCCACACCUCUUUGUCCCGCACCCUCUCUGAGGUCCCCACCAUUCUCCCCUGGCACAGUGCCUUACACAGAGGUGGUCAUGAUGGGGUCUGAAAUGAGUCCCACUACCUCGGGGGACACCUCCUCCCCCACUUGUUUGGGCUCCUACACCAGGAGCCUCCAUUACCUCUUCCUGUUCCCUCCCUGCCGAGGGCUCCAUUCAGCUCCACACUCCCUUUCACCUGUUUUCCUGUUGUAUAUAUCACCUUUGUUGACAAUAAAUUAUUUUUUUUUAUUAA